CGGCCGAUCUGAUGGACGAUGGUCACCUAAACGAAUGAAGGAAACACACACACAUCCGUCUUUAAAACACACAAAUGUACGUCAGUCCUCACCACAUUCUCGUCACAAUGACGUGUGUAACUUUCACAGUCGACACGCACACAUAUCCUAUAUACUCGACAUGCUCCCACACAAACACGCUCAUCGAGUGUGUCGGUCGGUCUGUCUCUCCCUGCUCACACACACACACACACAGCAUGCAUUACACAGAUCAGCCGACGCCAUUCUUCAGCAUGACCUGGUCAUCUGCCCCCCCGUGGCCCUCUCCACGACCCAUUCCGCCCAUCGCCACCGUCGCCCCCUGUCGCGUCAGCUCCCCGCCCACCGCCCACCGAAGACCGCACUCAACGGUGUCACGGAACUCACCUUCAACCACACACAUCGACACAACACAGACACAGAGAGAGAGGGAGGUACCAUUUCUAUCUACUAUGCUAUGCUGUGCUGUGCUGUGCCCAGCCAGCGUAGCGAACCGGCAGAUCGCUGAAGUACCAGCGGCUGUUGGUCGAGGAAGGCGCUGGCCUGCUGAAGCUCCGCAACCUCCCUACCGUAAUCAGACUGAAACCACACACACACACUUACACACACACACACACACACUCGUGCCGUGCCAGCCGCCCACGUGUGUACCUCUUUCUUGAGGCUGGUGGGCAACGGCGGCAUCAUGGGAUCCUCUCCGCCACAGAUGAACCGCCUCAGCUUGGUGUAGUGGCCCGUCAGCCGCCGCACCCUCUCCUCCACCGCACCGUCGAACACAUCGGCCAUCUCGCGGCCGUUGCGCAGCCUCGUCCGCUCCUCGUCCAUCAUCCGCUGCAGCGACUCACGGGAGAGCCCACUGGCCGCCCUCUCUCUCUCCCGCUCCCUGCGCCGCCUCUCCUUGUCACGGACCCUCUCCAGCUCCCUCUCCCUCUCCCUUUGCCGCUCCUUCUGCAGCUCUCUCUCCUUCUCGCGAUCCUUCUUGGAUAACUUCUUCUUGCUGCGCCCCUUGCCGGAGGCCCUGGUGGUCUUGACCUUGACCUUUGGCUUCGGCUUCGGCUUGGCCGCAGCGGCCUGGCCCUGCGCCGCCCUCGGCUGGUCUGCCGAUGAACCUUGCUGCUGCUGCUGCUGCUGGGUGGUGUCCCCAGCUGCUGCUGCUGCUGCUGCUAGUGGUGGUGCUGUCGAUGGCUGCUGUUGCUGCAGGGGCUGUGUGAGGAUUCUGUCGAAUUUCUGGAGGGCCUCGGGCGAGGUGAUGGUGGGGAGGGACAGGGGAGGUGCCUCGAACAAGGCCAACGCCAGACACCACUGCACCAGACCAGAUCAGACAGACCACAUGGACACACACACAUCCAUCGCCGGUGCGUUGGUGUGUUGAUGUGUGCGGUGCAGGCGUCCGCCAGGCUCACUCACUUGCAGCUCCUGAUAGAGGUCACUGAUGGCCAGGCGGAUCAGGCUGCCCCGGUCACCCGGUUUCGCCAU